GGCCUGGCUUUGCACACGGGUCCCGCCGCUCCACACGGCCGCGACCGCAGCUGCCACCAGCGCAGGACCCGCACCGGGGUCACCAGCGCCGGCUUCCGAGGGAUGGCAGCGGGCGGAGGGGAGAAGCAGCAGCUUCUGGGCGAGGGCACGGGCAGGUCCUACCUGGGCAUGGCACAGAAGCACGCGGCGGGCUCGGCGCAGGGCCAGGCGCCCACCCUGGAGCUGAGAGCACGGCACCGCCGGCACUGCCAUGCGGGGGGGGCUGGCAGUGACCCCCGCCAGCAGCAGCGGGCGCGCAGGAAGCUCUACGUGGCUGCUGGCAUCUGCCUCAUCUUCAUGGUGGGGGAAGCUGUGGGCGGGUAUCUGGCCCACAGCCUGGCCAUCCUGACGGACGCUGCCCACCUCCUGACGGACUUUGCCAGCAUCAUGAUCAGCCUCUUUGCCCUCUGGGUGUCCUCACGUCCCGCCACCAAAACCAUGAACUUUGGUUGGCACCGUGCAGAGAUCCUGGGGGCCCUGCUCUCCGUGCUGUCCAUCUGGGUAGUGACGGGUGUCCUAGUGUACCUGGCGGCCCAACGCCUGCUCUUGGGUGACUACGACAUCGAGGGCAGCGUCAUGCUCAUCACCUCUGCCUGUGCUGUGGCCGUCAACAUCGUGAUGGGGGCAGCUCUGCACCAAACGGGGCACGGGCACAGCCAUGGAGGGGCUCAUGAGCAGCCCCACACCCAUGAACAGCCCAAUCCCAGCGUCCGUGCAGCCUUCAUCCACGUGGUGGGGGAUCUACUGCAGAGCGUCGGCGUCCUCAUUGCAUCCUACAUCAUCUUCUUUAAGCCCGAAUACAAGUACGUGGACCCCAUCUGCACCUUCCUCUUCUCCGUGCUGGUGCUGGGGACAACGCUGACCAUCCUCCGCGACGUCCUCCUCGUCCUCAUGGAGGGCACCCCCAGGGGGAUGGACUUCAACGCGGUGCGGGACACGCUGCUGGCGGUGGGCGGCGUGGAGGCGGUGCACAGCCUGCACAUCUGGGCGCUGACAGCCUCGCAGCCGCUGCUCUCUGUGCACAUCGCCAUCAAUGCGGGUGCCGACUCGCAGGAGGUGUUGGAGGAGGCCAGCUCCCGGCUGCAGCGCGCCUUCCGUUUCCACACCACCACCAUCCAGAUCGAGAGCUACUCCGAGGACAUGCGGGACUGCCGUGAGUGUCAGCCUCCCAGCGACUGAGCGACGCUGAGCCCCGCCGUUCCUCCCCGUCCCUCUCCCCACCAAUUUUUUUUUUUAAUACGAGGAAAAUAAACGCCAGCAAACAGCAGCGCCGGGUGCCCGCGGGAGACGGACGGCCUCGGGAUGGGCGAUGUUGAGUCUGGAGGCAGCGGGGCUUUAUCGGGAGUGACGGCAGUGAA